CUCGGGGUGAGUUCCUGUAGUGGCAGGGGGGGAAACAGAUCGACACCGUCAGCCACAGGGGAAGAGUCGCACUUUGCAGCCUGUGGAAGCGUCCUCCAUGAACGAUGGCCUCGCCAGUCUCGGUCUACAACUCCAACGCCUUAGACACACACAUCCCCAGCAUCCCCAGAGAGUCUCAGAAGAUGGAGUUGUUAGCAAAUGUGUCUUUACUGCCGGGAGAAGAUCGAAUUAUAGAUAAAGACAUCAUCUACAUCUGUCCAUUCAAUGAAGCUGUGAAAGGCAAAGUGUUGAUCACCAACUACAGACUCUACUUCAAGAGCUCAGAUGCCGAUUUGGCGGUGACGCUGGACGUUCCUCUCGGCGCCAUCAGUCGAGUUGAGAAGAUGGGCGGAGCCUCGAGCAGAGGGGAGAACUCGUACGGCCUGGACAUCACCUGCAAGGACAUGAGGAACUUGAGGUUUGCCUUGAAACAAGAAGGACACAGCAGAAGAGACAUCUUUGAGCUCCUCUUCAAACACGCCUUCCCCCUCUCACAUGGUCUGCCUUUGUUUGCGUAUGUGAAUCAGGAGAAGUACAGUGGGAAGGGCUGGUCCAUCUACAACCCGGUGGAGGAGUUCAGACGGCAGGGUUUACCUAAUAACAAGUGGCGUUUUACAUUCAUCAAUGAGAGCUACGACCUGUGUGACACCUACCCCACUGUGCUGGCUGUACCCUUUAAAAGUACAGAGGAGGACCUCAGACGAGUGUCUGCCUUCAGGUCAAGAGGACGCAUACCGGUCCUGUCAUGGAUCCACAGGGAGAACCAGUCCGUGAUCGUCCGCUGCAGUCAACCUCUCGUCGGCAUGUCCGGCAAAAGAAACAAGGACGACGAGCGCUACCUGGACCUGAUAAGGGAGGCUAACGACACGCCCAAGCUUACCAUCUACGACGCCCGACCCAGCGUCAACGCAGUGGCCAACAAGGCCACUGGAGGAGGCUACGAGGGCGAUGAGUACUCAAAUGCAGAACUGGUCUUCCUGGACAUCCAGAACAUCCACGUCAUGAGGGAGUCCCUGAAGAAACUCAAAGACAUCGUGUACCCCAACGUGGAGGAAUCCCACUGGCUGUCGAGUCUAGAGUCCACACACUGGCUAGAACACGUCAAGCUGGUGCUGUCGGGAGCCAUUCAAGUAGCAGACAAGGUCUCCAACGGGAACUCGGUGGUGGUUCACUGUAGCGACGGCUGGGACCGGACGGCUCAGCUCACGUCUCUGGCCAUGCUCAUGUUGGACUGCCACUACCGCACCCUCAGAGGGUUCCAGGUCCUGAUUGAGAAGGAAUGGAUCAGCUUCGGGCACAAAUUCUCCUCGAGGAUAGGUCACGGUGACAAAAACCAUGCGGAUCAGGACAGAUCGCCCAUCUUUGUUCAGUUCAUUGACUGUGUGUGGCAGAUGACUAAACAGUUUCCUACAGCCUUCGAGUUUAAUGAAACCCUCCUGCUGACUAUUCUGGAUCACCUCUACAGUUGUCGCUUUGGGACUUUCCUCUACAACUGUGAGAGUGCACGUGAACAGCACGGGGUGAGGUCGAAGACGGAGUCUCUGUGGUCUAUGGUCAACCAUAAGAUAGAGCGCUACCAAAACCCCUUCUACACCCUGGACUCCGGCAGGGUCCUCUACCCCGUCGCCAGCAUGCGCCACCUAGAGCUGUGGGUUGCCUACUACAUCCGCUGGAACCCACGUGUACGACAACAGCAGCAGAGUCCGGUGGAGCAGCGCUACAAGGAGCUCUUGGCCCUCAGAGAUGAAUACUUGAAGAAGCUGGAGCAGCUGGCCUUGUCCGACUCCACUUCCUCUCAUCUGGCUAACAGCCCCAGUCCCCACACCUCCUCACCGUCACAGCAAUUAACACACCUACACACCCCCUUCUGAGGGCUGUAGACACACACACACACACACACACACACUCAGAUAUCCAGUGUACUUAUGUACUUGUUGACUUGCACUCGUGUCGUCUUCGGUCUGAUUUGUGUUUCACACACAUGCAGGGAAUUAAGAAUAAUCAUCGUGGUUAACCGAGAAUGCUAAUAGAUUGGAUGGCUAAAUCUAAUACCGUAGUGGUGAUGGUGGUGACUUAUGCAAUAUGUCACAGUACAGCCUUGACUUAAGACUUUUUAAUACACACACACACACACACACACAUCAUACAGUGAAGCCUUAAAGACAUUAAGUGGCUUUCAGUCAAAGGGCUCGAACCAUAGACUGUAUAUAAAUAUGGACGACGCGUCUCCGCUUCCUUUCAUUGGCCAAACUGACGCUAUUUCCCCGGGGAUGCGGGUGCCGCCAUCUUGUGACUUUCGAAACCAGAGUCUGAGAGCGGAGCCACAAUAUUGAUGCCCCGCCCACACUUCCUCCAAACUCACCCUCGUUUUGGUUUAAUUAACACUCCACUCUGCUCUACCUCCACCAGUUACAAGGAAAUGUCGGAUGAUACACUGUACUUAUUUUUAAAAAUAGUUUUUACAACUCUUUGCGGAGUGGUUGUCACGGCAACUGGUGGUCGCCAUUAUCUAACGUCCUGUUUCUAUAGCGUCAAGUAACUGAAACGAAACUACCUACAAUGACAGAAACCACCUUUAAAACAAAAUUAUUUUACGUGUAUUUUGUUUUAGGCCCAAGUCCCGCCCACUAACAUGGAGGGGGUGGAGCUUAUGACCUGUACUGCAGCUACCAGCCACCAGGGGGAGCUCUACUUGCUUUGGCUUCACUUUAAAGGAGCAGUUCCCCCGGUAGAAUUAUAAACAUAAAGGCCCAUUGAAGGGAUCAUUAACUGCAAUUUUUAAAUAAUAUUGCAAAUCACCCGAGCUUAAUUUUUUCCACUAGGGGGCGCGGCUGUUUUAUAAGGAUCAUGAAGCUCAUGACCUAUACUGCAUGCCACCAGGGGGAGUUCCACUUGCUUUAGCUUCACUUUAAAGGUGCAGUUUCUCCAUAGUCCAUAUUUAUUUACAGUCUAUGAGUUGAACGUACAGGACACACAACAGUUGUGUUUACAGCAGCAGCAGCAGUAGUUUACACUCUGCUAAUGAACAUAAAGGGAUAGAAUAUUUGGUUUGACAAAAAUCCACAUUGCAUUUCUUUGAUUUAUUUAGAUAUUCUCCCAAAAGCUAAUCCGUGGACGUUUUUACAGUUUGAUGCCAGUUGCUGCUGCACAGAUGUCAGUGUCCUGUGUGGACAAUCUAAACUACCCUUUAUUCUUCCUGCGUUGCUGCCCUCUUCUCUUUUUUUUUUUUUUUAAAUACAGGAAAUUGAUCAGGAAUGCUGCAAAAACUGUCGCAGCAGAGUCGGUGGCUUCUUCGUUUUCCAGCCACGUUACGUUGUAUCAGGUGUGUCAGGUUUUGAAUGCAUUGAUGUGGAUUUUUUUAUUUUUAUUUUUAUUUUUUUUUUUUGCGUGAGGAUUAAAGUGUUCCGCUGCUAUCGGCUAACCUCCUCCUCCUCCUCCUCCUCCUCCUCCUCCCCCGACACCCCCACCCACACCCCCCCAGCAACGUUUACCAGCACUUUGUAUUCAAGUCGCACUGAUAGCAAACACAGUUCUAGCCAAUAUCUGAGCUCUUUUUGGAAUUAACCAGUGAUUUACUUGAAUGAAUGCACCUUUAAUACAGUUGGAGUUAGGCUUCAGGUUCUCACGGUUGUGUAGGUCGGGGGAAUGAAGUGGUGCUGGAUCUUGUAUCACCUCGUAUACUGUAAUAUGCUCACAAGUCGCAGGGCCCUGGUUGGAGAGAGAAGCCAGUCUGUGCUUCUUAAAAAGCAUCCUGGCAUGGUCAGAACAAAAAAACAAAAAAAUAACAAAACAAAACAAAAAAGCAAUGAAAUACAGUAUUUUUGAUAGAAAAGUGAAAAUUUCCCUACAUUUCAAUUUUAAAUGUAAUCACAAGGGGCAGUUUUGACAUUAGAAAUCAAUUUUUGUAAUUUCCAUUCGAUCAUUGGUUCCGAUUAAAUGGGCGGACAUGUGUAAAACUGCUUUUAUUUUAUUUUUUUGUUUGUUUUAUUUAAGUUGAAGGAAAUCUCAAUGUUGAACGCAGAGAGAAUAAAUGAAAUGAAAUGAAAUGUAGGAAUUAAAAAUAUUCCUGUCAUCAUUA